UGGGUCAAGCUCCAGUACCGAGGGCGAAUGCUUCGAGCAGUCUGCUGGUCUCAUCCACCAUGGAAGCUACUGUGAGUGGAAUGCUGGUUGUCAAAAAAAGGCUUGUCGCUGUCUAGGGCGGUUGAGCGAGUCGAAGCGAUCCCAAGCGAGGCUCGUUCCAAUUUCGCCAUCCAUCUGAUUUCUGCUCACUGCGCUUCGGCAUUUGGGCGUCCGCGACACCUUGAGCAAAGCUGCAUCCAAACGGGCCACUUGCGAGACGUUUCAACUGGCCUGAAAGGGCCGACUCCAGUCUCGUCUUUACCACCCUGGCCGCCCUUCCGGUCAUGCCAUGCCCACCUCCAUCGACGUACAUGUUGCCGUGGGUGCAUCCAUCACCAACACCUGGCUUCCUGACAUAUUCGCUUGACUUUGGUUCCGAUGUCAAUCCUGGUUUUCUCAAGCGUUCAGUUACUUUUUCGCCUGUUGUUCGCUCCUUAGCAUCGCAUGCCUGUUUGUCUGCAUUUUGCCGCAUCGUUCUUCCAACCUUCUUGCAGGCCGUGAGUGUGAUAGACUAUCCGCGAGACCAAGCGGUGAGACUGAUGAGAUCAACACUGACCGAUUUCUUUGGCAGUAAUGAGCGUACUCUCUGACAUCUGAAUCUCGACGACAAGGGGACCCGGGACAAUCAUAUUGGACAGCACCAUCUCCCAGCAGACUUUUUGUCUACGCGCCUUCUAUCGACAGCACACUCAGCUGUGCGCCGGUCUCUUGCUUUCUGCUGGCCUGGGCCUACCCGCUGGACAGCGGCAGGAGGCAGAAGCAUUGGACCCGAUGAACUAUUCAAAUAUGACCACCGCGGCUCUCCAACCGGCGUCGGGGUCGAUUAGUCUUCCUCCCAUCAGCAGUAUUGAAUUCCAGUCACAAAUUGCGCAUCAUCGGUCGUCGCCAGAAGUGGUACAACCGCUGCCACCACCGCCGCCUACAGCGCCACGUGUACUACCACCGCUUCCAUAUCCUCCCUACGGAGCACGACCUGCGAUGGUACCUCCUCCACCGCCGCCACCUGUGCCUCAUGGCUACAUCGACACGAGGCCUCUAUAUCCCGGUCUUCCAACCGCCUACCAGCCCAUGCCAGGGCGCAUGCCACUACCUUCCUCGGCCGACCCUAGUCUUAUUGUCCAUCCUCCGCGACACAAGGCAAAGGAGGUGAAGAGACGGACGAAAACAGGUUGUCUUACAUGCCGGAAACGGCGCAUCAAAGUGAGUUGGAGCGACUUUUAUUUUUUGUCAUCUGGUUGUCCCGGGCCCUCUGUCGCGACGGCAGGAGGUUUCUCAUAUUUCCUAUCUACAACUCCUGGCAUAGAUGACAGGCAGAGUACAAUGUGUUGGCGGUCGCGAAAAUUCCACGCAGGUGUAGUGCAGGAGAGAGAAUAGGCGGGCAGGUUUAGGCGGAUCUCCACUUAGGGACUCGUGGUGGCUUGCAGCCACCGAAAUACAGCCCCCCGAGUCACCCACAGACCAUGCCUGUUCCUCCCCAAAAGCCUGUGAUCGGCGCUGCCAAUGCCGCCGUCACACAAACUUCCACCACAACCACAAACAACAAUUCACAGCUUUGUUUGACAUCAAAUCUCUCACAACACCAGCACUACCCUAGUCGGCGAGCGCGGUCGUGCCUGUCCAGUAUUACUGCUGGCUCCUCGCAUGCUCUGCAAAUUUGCGACCCUCCAUCAUCUAUCUUAGCCCUCUCUUAGAGUGAAAUUCUUUUCAUCGCGUCAAGCUGACCACUCUUGACAGUGUGACGAAGGUCGACCUGAGUGCAGAAAUUGCAUGAAAAGUAAGCGCCAUUGUCAAGGAUACGACCCGGUCUUUCAAUCACAAGGCCCGCAUUCUCUGCAUCCCGCACCAGCAAGCUCUCACCCUUCGACAACCGCGCCGGUGAAUAAUCAACAACAAAGAUACAGCUCAGUUCCAAUUAGCCCAUCAAUCAGUGGGCCGAACUCGACAAUCGUUCCUAGUACACCGCAAAGUCACAACGAGUAUCAAUACCCGCGACCGCCUGAACAAGUCCUCCCACACCUGAACCAACCGUAUCAUAUGGAGAGCAACUCCCAGGCUGGAAUAUCUUCAUACCCGCAUCCCCAACCCGGACGUCUGCAAUAAUGGAGGACGUGCAUCACCCUUCUGCCGGAAGAAGUAUCGAAAGUAUUUGUACCAUUGCAGGUACAAAGGUUCCCAGCAUCCCACCUAUUCCCCCCGAUUCAGUUCCCAACCUUGAAUCGAUCCGCAAAGUGUAUGAUCUUGAAUUUGCUCCGGGCCUCGACAGGUUUCUAGAAUCCGGCUCGUCCAAAUGGUUCGCGAGAGAAGGAUUCGCCUUAUUGAGCUCGGAUCGAAAUCAGCUCGGACGUAUGCUGGCUUACCUUACGUUGGUCAGUAAUCAGUCCGAGGGCUCGAGCGAAAACGCUACCCUCGCAAGUCAAGAAGCCCGCGUCACCUGGGCCCUGCUCGAGUUGUGUAUCCGACCUGAACACGACGGUGGGGAGGAAGCAGAUAGACUCGCUCGCCGUUGCCGAGCAAUAGCUUCAAUAUUGACGGGCGAGCCAUUCUCGAGUCCGACCACCUCGAUCGCAGACUUUGUGCAUCAGGACGAAGUGGAGCCAGAACCGAAAAUGAAUGCUCUAGAGAAACAACUUGCAAGACGGUGCGAUGAAUUUUGGCAACUCGUCGAGAACGCGGCUACAAGCCAAGGACCCAAUGGGAAUGGCAUCUCUCCUACGGCGGUGCAGCAGUGUCGACCUUUACUUGAUGGGAUGGAAAACCGAGACAUCAUUUACAGCAUCAUGUUAUUGGGAUCAAGGACUAAUGGCAACGGUGACCUCACUUCGGAGAGAGAACUGGCGAAGAGAUAUCUCGAAUCUCAGGCGAAUGGACGUGCUACGAAUCCAGUCUUUGCAACUAUUUCAGGCAUGGCGUUGAGGGCAUACACGACGUGAAAAGGUCGUCUAUCAGCUUUAAUGAGGAGAGGUGUGGUCCUCUUUUUUCUUUCUACAUGGUACUCGUACUUUGUUUUACUCCUUUGGCGUCGAUACCAUAAGAAUGGUUUGGCGAACAUCGCAAAGGAUUACGCACCAAUACCCCCUAUCGUUUGAUGGAAUUUUAUUUUUUAUGUGUGAGAAAAGGGAACGGAUGGGUCAGGCCAGGAUUGGAGGAAAUCACGUUUCAUUUCAGACUCAACACCAUGGCUAUGGACCAUGCUGUACAACUUUCUUUCUUAAGUUGACUACCUAGGUACAGAUGGGCACGGGUUAACUAUGCUAUGGGUCAGUGGCGAAUCUAGAGCAAGAGGUUUAUGCUCUAACAAACAAGAUUGUACAUGGCAGAUACAGUAUGUGUCUCCCUUUUUUGGACCGAGACUAGAUGUGCUUAGAUGUGCUUUUCUGUUUUUGUACAAACCCCCCAACGAAGAUUGAAG